AUGACAGGUUCUGCCGGAGCAGGCUCGACUGCUCCCGUCAAGUCUCCAUUAUCAAAUAGGCUCUCUGUGCUGCGAAAUAAGUCGCCCCCUGACCCCCAGGAAUCAGAGCUUAACCACGUUCCCCUCCCGUCUUCCCCCUCUGACGGAUCUCACUGGGGUAUAUCAAAAUUUGGGUUUGCCUUGAAAAAAACAGAUAGCAGCGACACACAGUCCUACAGCGACCAUAGUGAUGAGAAGCGCAGUCUCAUGAGCAUCAUCAGUAGGGUACGCAAGUUGUCCAGGACCAGCUCAGACGAUAGCGACUAUGAUCCCAAGCCGGAGUUAAAACAGGAGCCGAAACCAGAACCGAAGCUGGAUUAUCAGAAUGACGAAUUAUUCUCUGCUCCUCUCGAUAAGAAGACCAUCCCAAGAGAACUGAUCGACCAAGGAAUUGAGAUGCUGAGAGUCACUCAUAAGAAAAAAAUAAAGAGGUGCUUCCGUUUAGACCUUGACACAAACCAUCUUAGAUGGAAUAACAAAAUUUCCUCGUUUCUGGAGAUCGACAAGAUCAAGUCUAUUAGAACGGGGGAUGAUGCUCGUAACUACAGAGAAGAGUUCAAGGUUUCGUCGGAUUACAAGGAUUUGUGGAUCACUAUCAUUUAUUACAAAGACUCCAAGUUGAACAAUAUCAAGGCUUUGCACAUGAUUGCGCCAGGAAAACACGAGUACGACACGUUUGUCACUACUUUGAGCAAUCUGGUUUACUACAAGCACCAAAUGGAAAGUAUUAAUGGUCUGUUCACUAAUUUGCACUGGAAUAAUAAAGAUUCAGAAAACGAGCACUUGUCGUUCGAGGGAGUACGCAAACUCGUCUCGAAACUGCAUGUCCACGUCAGCACGGACAACCUGAACAUGCUCUUCAACCAUGCAGAUAAACAACAUAAGGGAUAUUUGAACUUUGACGAUUUCAAAGAGUUUGUCAAGAGUUUAAGAGAUCGCAAGGAGCUGAAACAAAUAUUCAUGCAACAGGCACGUACAGUGGCUGACAAGUUGACUUUUGAAGAGUUUUCCAACUUUCUUGUUGAAGUGCAAAAGGAGUCGCUCACUUACUCGCAAGCAGAGCACAUAUUUCUCCGGUUCUCAAAGUCCAAGACGUAUUUGGAUUUCGACGAGUUUGCAAAUUAUCUCUCAAGCUCGUAUGCUGCUCCAUAUCUUCAGAUAAACGAGACAUAUACUCGUCCUUUGAACGAAUAUUUCAUCUCGUCUUCGCAUAACACAUAUCUUCUUGGCAAACAGGUAAAUGGGACGGCUUCCAUAGAGGGAUAUAUUCGUGCUUUGCAACGUGGAUGUCGGAGUAUUGAAAUUGACUUGUGGGACAGUAUUGGUGGACCGGUUGUGACACACGGAAGAACGUUUUCAAGCUCUGUUGAUUUCCAGCUCGUUGUUGAAACAAUCCGCAAAUACUCGUUCAUCACCUCUCCUUAUCCUGUGAUCAUAUCAUUAGAAGUCCGCUGCAGUAUUGAGAAUCAGUUGCUCGCAGCCAGAAUUCUCAAGGAUGUUUUGCAAGACCAACUUCUUAUGUAUCCGGUUGAUUCUCCAAAUGAUGUUCUUCCCUCUCCUGAGCAAUUGAAACACAAAGUGCUACUCAAAGUGAAGAAGAUCACUCAAAGCUCAUCGACCGUUGAUAGCAUGUCUUCUUCACUAUCUUCAUUUAGUGAAGACGGAUCAUCGAUCUCGAAAAUUGUUCCGAAGAAGAAAAAGACUGUGAACUUGUCUCCUGAACUUGGCGAUCUUGCCAUCUACGUGAUUGGAGCCAAGUUCAGAAACUUCUCUCUUCCCGAAUCAAAAACGUUCAAUCAUUGUUUCUCCUUUAGUGAUAAGGCAUUAAUCAAAAUGUCCAAAGAGGAAACCAAACUGGCAGCGAUCUUCAAACACAACGCCAAAUUCCUCAUGAGAAUAUACCCUUCUAUCUAUCGAUUCAGCUCAAAUAACUUUAAUCCGAUCUUCUUCUGGGAGCUCGGUUGCCAAUUGGUAGCAACCAACUGGCAAAUAUACGACCUGGGCCAGCAAUUUAAUGAAACGCUCUUCAACGUUGGCUCCAACUCAGGAUACGUUUUGAAACCAUCAUGUCUGCGGGUCAAGAACCCGAAAAUUCAGAACAAAGAGCAGCUGGCCUGCUUGGAAUUCAAUCGCCUUAAAUAUUUGUCCGUCGACUUGAUCUCAUGCCAGCAGCUUCCAAAACCUAAAGAUAUCAAAUGCGAAACGUUUGAUGCCUUUUUGGAAUUGGAAGUCUACUCUGGAGACGUUAUCGAGGCACAAAUGACAUCGCUCUCCAAAAGUCAAGGAACUUACACCCUUCCCGAUAGAAGUUCAUCGCGAAGAUCACUAAUUGACCACCUGUUUGAGUCGAAUGAACCUUCUGCUGUUUUCAAGUCGCCAUUGGAGAUCCAGAACGGAUUCAAUCCGAUCUGGAACCAAAAGUGUUCACUAAAGUAUCUCACCAACGAAGUGGAUUUUGUGUUUUUGCGGUUCCUGGUGAAAUGCAACCAUGAAAACUCUGAAAAGCUGAUCGGAACACACACUUGCAAACUUGAAUAUCUAAAGCAGGGCUACAGACAUUUACCUUUGUACGACUUACAAGGCGAGGAGUUCAUAUAUUCGACACUAUUUAUUAAGGUGAGUCACGGUGAGGCUUAG